AUGGCUUGCCAGACGGGAAAGAGACUUAGGCAGCAGCCUGGCUUUGCGUGCGAGGAGUGUCGCAGACGUAAGGCACGAUGUGACAGAGCAAGACCAAAGUGCGGCUUCUGUACUGAGAACGACAUGGAGUGCAUUGUCAUUGAAAAGCGACAGCAAAGGAGUCCUUUGAAAGGCAAGCUCAACUCAAUGCAAUCACAACUUGGUUGGUCCACCAAAUUUCAUUUGUUUCGCAUUAUGCCUUUCUGCAAGAUCAUUUUCUGCAUGGAGUUGGGUGUAGAUCCGAUCUCAUCCCUGUCUUUCAAAUCCGUCGUUCCCACUAUGCUUUUCUGCCACGCAACUUCAUCGCUACAAUGCCAUCUUGAACAAUACCUCAGGCCUCAGCCUGACCUGCUUAUGAUCCCGCAUGGACCCAUUGAGCCGGAGCUCGAGGUCCAUGCACACAUUCCUAGGGUGCUAAGCGACUGUGAUCUUCAGGCGUUACUCGAUAGCCAAGACCUAUCUGUCGCAGCUGCAAGACCCGUAGGAACAACAACAUCUACUUCGGUGAUCUCAGACUCUGGAUCAAUGCCAGGAAUUUCAGCUAGUACAGAGACUGUUGGUUUAAGCUUCCCGGUCUGGCCAGACUGGCUAGACUGGCAGGAAAUCAAUAGCACCAGCUCGACACCACCGGAAUUUCUGGCCAACAUAUUAGCUAGUCCCCUUGAUCUUGAAGCUUCAAAUGAGAAAUUGCCAAUAACAUCCGACUUCAUUUCAAAGAUCAAGAUAACAGAUCCCAUUUGGGCCGAGCUAGUACACGCGAUAUGUCCCAUCAUACACCGCCGGCGAUACUUUGCCUUAGUUAUACAGAAUAAUCAUACACCUGCCCAAUCAUGUCUCCGUCUGGCUAUGCAAACACUUGCUGCAGCUAUGUCUGCUCAUUGGUGUCAUCUCAGCGAGCAGCUUUAUUCUGAGACACGCAGUCUGCUCGAAGCUCAGAGCCAGAUUCAAACUAACCCUAGGGACAAGGUUCCUCUUGAGCAAAUCCAAACUUGGUUACUUCUGAGCCAUUACGAGCUCCUGCGAGUCGGUAUUCACCAGGCCAUGCUAACGGCCGGUCGCGCUUUUCGCCUUGUACAGAUGGCCCGUCUCUCUUACAUUGAUACCCCAGGUGGGGAUUUACAAGUCUCUAAUCUGGUUUCUUCCUUGCCAUCUUCAGCAUCAUCUUCCUCGUCUUUGUCAUCUUUUACAUUCCCGCCUUCUUUGUCUGCCUCCCUCGGUAUCGAGUCUAGUGAGAGUUUUGUUGACGCCGAAGAGAGGAGGCGAACAUUCUGGCUGGCUUUCAGUUUCGAUCGCUUUCUCUGCUUACAAAAUGAUUGGCCUCUAACGCUCCAAGAAGAAACGGUGCGCUGUUUCUCUUUAACUCCUUCGCUACACACCUUAAAGAUGCAGGCUUGGCUAACUAUUUCUUCCAACCAGAUUUCUCCACGUCUUCCGGCACCAGAGGAGAAUUUUCAAAAUAAUCAGCCCACUCGCAUCAGCUUUCUUCACGAGGCAGUCGCGCAGACAGGAAUUAGCAAUUUAUCACCCUUCGCAGAAUCCAUUGUAUUGGCAACACUUCACGGCCGCUGCAUGACACACCGGCGGUCCUAUGCAAAUGAAUCCGAGACCGGGACGAGAGAAUUCUGUAUCAGCCAGGGAUGGCUGGCCUCAGCCGUGGAAAAGCGAGUGCAGAUGCUUGUAUCUUCACCGGCUAUUGAAAGUGACCCUAUACUUCUUUUCACUCAUAUGCUGGCAUACCGCGCGGCCAUUGAUCUUAGCAACACGGUACAACGGGCUCCGUGGCGCACUCCCGAUCAGCAGGUCUUGACAGCAACAUACCAGAACCGUGCCGCGCAAGCAGCUUCCGAGAUUGCGCGUCUAUCUAAAGAAGUACCUUAUCUCGGCCCCUUCAAGACUCACCCUUUAUUGCCUGACACUCUAGCGUGUGCGGCCACCUUCCUCUUCACAUUUGCCGGACGCCAUGGGGGUGACUAUGAUGGCGUCCAGGAUCUGCUCCAAAUAUUAGGAGAGUUGCAAGAUACUCACAGUCUAGCGCGAGAUUCUUUACCGACCUUAAAGAUACAAUAUUCAAAAGGGGUAGACAAAAUGAAUGGGAUACCUUAG